CUAUAGUAAACCUCAAGAGUCCCAGAUAAAUAGUAUGACAAAAAUUGUUGCAUGUGAUAAAGAUAAUCAACCACAAAUUAGUUACAAAACUAAUAAAUAUGAUACAGAUCAUAAGGUCGAAUGCAAAAAAAUUAAAGUUGAUCAAAUUAAUGAUCAACCAACAGAUCUAACUAAUUCUGAUAUUCACAUGGGUAUAAAAAUAAAAGAACAAGAAAAUUUAAUUGUGAAAUUAGAAGAAAACACAAAAUGCAAUAUUGAUCAACAAUUAAAAGAAAAUAUAAAAGAAGGAACAGAUCAACAGUUAGAGAAUGAUCAAGAAUCAAAACCUAAAGUUGGUGAACCUAUUAAAAUUGAUAAACAUACACUUGACUAUAAAAUACAAUCAAAUGAACAAUUGACAGGUAAAAUCAAUCGAAGUGAUGAUGGAAAAAUGGUAGAUAAUAGUGGUGAAAAAAUCAUAUCAAAUGAAUCAUUUGCAAACACAGUUGGCCAAUAUACUGACAUUAAUGAGCAACCAAGUAUUGAUGUAGUUGAGCAAAAUACAUGCAUAUUAGAUACAUCAUUAUCAAAUGUAGUUGACCAAAGUAUUAUAACAGAUAAUAAAAUUUUGGCUAACGAUUGCACCACAAUUGAUAUAGAAAAACCAGUAGAUGAUUUAGUUGAAGAAAAUGAACCAGAACAAUUAUCUGAACAUACUGAACAUGUUCAAAAUACUGAUGAUUUGAAAACUAAUGCUGCUUGUUCUAAUAAUGACAAUUCUAUAAUAAAUGCAAUUGCUAGUAGUAGUAAAGCAUAUGAUCAAAUUUUAACAGACAAUGUCGAUCAAUGUUCCACAACCAUUAAACAAGUUGUUGGUAAUCAAAAUAAUAAUACAUCUAAGAAAACAUCACAUAACAUAAGCAAUAUUAUUGACACUGAUGUGACGAUAAUGACUGACGAUAGUGUUAAAACAAAUAAACAAUUAAUUAAUUCUGGUGAUAUUGAAAUUAAGCAACUAAAAAAUUUUCAGAUUACAAAUGAGAAAAACCUUUCUCAAGAAAAAAAACCAUCUGUUUCAAAUAUAGAUUGCCCAAAAAUUUUUAGUAAUAAACAUAGCUUAAAUAAAAUAUUACAAAAAUUGGAUGAUAUUAAGGAAAUGUCGGUAUGUACAAACUCUAAAUCUUCUAAUGUUGAUUUAGAAGUAGACCAAAUUGGUUUAGUGAAAUCUGAGUUAGAAAUAAAUGUUGAAGAAUCAAAUUUAAAGAGCAAGGAUAUUUUGAAGGAUUCAACUGUAAAAAAAGAAGAUAAAUUAACAGAAAAUGAAAAUAAUAUUUCACUCAUAAAUUCAACUGUACUAGAAAAUCAAAAAGAGAUUGUUAAUGCGAUUAAUAAAGUAACAAAAAGUGAUAAAGGUUAUGAACAAUCAUCAAUAGCAAUGGACCAAUGUAAAAAAGAUGAAAUAAAACGGGGAAAUUUAAAUGCGGAUCAUGCCGAAAUUAAACAAAAUAAGGCUAAAAAAGAAAAGCACAAAUUAUUUAAUGUCGUAUAUGAUACUGUUACUGAUGUUUGUAAUGAAGAAAAAUUAAAUUUAGAAGAAUUCAAAAGUGUUCAGUGUAACAAAGACAACCCUGUGCAAGAUUUAUCUGUACAAGAGAGUAAAUUGGAAACGGAAUCUCUAAUGGAAAUUGGUGAAGAUAGUGCUGUUGAAGUUUUUCAUAAAGAUAAAAAUGUUAUCAACAAAUCAACCAAAAUUUACAAGAAUCUAGAAAAUAAAGAAAAACAUAUAAAUUCUGAAAAAGAUAUAUUAAAUAAAAAUCUCAAAAUAAAAAUAAAGGAUCCGGCUGAGGAAGCUAUAUUAAAAUCUUCUGAAGAACAAAUUGUUACUUCACCAGUUCUUGAAGAUAUAUAUGAAAAUUCCGAUGAAACUAAGCAAGAGACAUUUCAGAAAAGUCCUAAAGAAGAGUUUGAUGAUAGCGUAGUUGUAGCUCAAACUUUUGAAGAAGAUUACAAUAAAAGUGAAGAAGAUGAAGUUAUUGAUGAAACACCAAAAAAGAAAGGGAGACCUGGGCGAAAAAAGGGAAAAAGAGGAAGGGCUAAAAAAAUUAUUACAGUCAAGCAAGAAAGUAAAAGUAUUGAAGAAGAAAAAGUAAAACGACCAUACAAACCUCGUCAAAAGAAAGUUGUUACCAUAUCAGAAGAAGUGACUGUGUUUCCAGAGCCACCAAGUGAUGACAAUGUGCGUAGAUCAAGGCGUAUUGCUGAAAUAAAAAUAAAAGAACAAUUUAUUCCUACUACACAAUAUGACGAUAUUGAUAUACCAUUAAAGAGUCCAAAGAAAAAAGAUAAAGCUGGAAAGAAAGGGUCAACACCGUCUAAAAAGUUUGAAAAUGCUGAAGAAUCUGAUGAUGAAGAUGAAGAAGAUCCUAUUUCUAAAAAGUUCAAGAAAAAGAAGAGGAAAGGAAAAUCUGAUUCCUUGAAGAAAAUCAACAUGAUAAAUCCUUGGAAUGUUGAUUCUGAAUCUAGCUCUUCCGAAAAUAACAUAGGACUAUUUGAAGACUACGAUCAUGAAGAAGAGGAAGAAAUUCCUAGACCGGGAAUUGAGCCUAAUAUUUCGGACCAUGAGUUUUCCCCUGAGUCAGAUAUUAACGAUGAAGAUGAAGAGUAUUUGCCGGAAAAAAGAGCUCGAACUGCUCAUAAAAAAGAUGAAGGUGAACAGUUAAAAGAUGACAUGUGUCAAAAAUGUAACAAAAGCGAUCAACCUGAAUGGAUUUUGUUAUGUGAUACUUGUAAUCAAGGAUGGCAUGCAUCUUGUCUCCGCCCUCCACUUAUGGUGAUCCCUGACGGUGACUGGUACUGUCCACCAUGUCGUCAUCAAGCUCUGUUGAAUGCAUUAAAAGACACUUUAAAAAGAUAUGAUGGUGAAUCGAAAAAAAGAGAAAAUGAAGAAUUGAGACGUAAACGGUUGGCGUAUGUAGGAAUAAGUCUCCAAAACGUUAUAUCAUCAAAAACGGAAGAAGUGAAAUCUGAAAAACUGCCUGAAGUACAUCAGUCUUCUGAGGAUGAUGAAGACGAAUCAGAAUCAGAAGAAUAUGACUCAGAACCAUUGUACACUUUAAGAGCUCGGCGACAAGCUAAUGUCAGUUACCGUUUUAACGAUUAUGAUGACAUGAUCAACGAAGCAAUUUUAGAAGAGACUGGUGCUGAUGAUUCUACAGCAAAAAAAUCACCCGAAGUGAAAACUGAUAAAAAUGAUAAUGAUGAAAAUAAUGAUUCUGAUGACGAUGAAAAUGACAAGGGUAGACAGGAUUCACCCAAUUGCACCAGCGUUGCUACAUUUGAGGGGGCGAAAAAAAUCAAAAAAGCUCACAAAUCUAGAUAUCAGUUCAGACGAUGGAUCAGACGAAGAUUUUAAAGGGCCUUCAGACGGGGAUGAUGAUUACGAUGAAGAUUUGAGCGAGUAUAGUGACGAUUCUGUCAAAAGACGGCCACAACCAACACGACGGUCUGUGCGGAACCGAAAAAACGUUGUUGAUCCUGACUUUAUCAAUGACGAUUCGAGUGAAGACAGUGAUCAACGCUCCAAAAAAAAGAGAUCGAGACCUUGGUCAGAUUCUUCGAAUAGCGAAGAAGAAGACUUAACGUGGGGAAAAAA